UCGAGGAAAUGCGUUUGCUCAAAAGGAAAAAACUAUUUUCACGUUAGGUAACAACCAAACUAUUACAUGUCUUUACAUAAAUUAUCUCACCCGAAACAUAGACUUUAUACGCAGCAAAUGUGGUUAUUUUAAAUCUCAGAUAAUAACGUUUAUUGUCUGAAUCUGAAACUCGACAUAAUAGUGCACAAAGCUAAUGUUAGUUAGCUAAUGCUGACGUUUCAAGCGACUCUGCAGUUUGUUUAACUUGAGGUUUUGUAUGACUGUUGUUUGAGUUGUAACCCAGCAGCAAAUGUGGACCAACUUUACAGUCUGUUAAAACUACACCGAAAGUCGGGAAGACUCAGUUAACAGAGACAAACGUUAGCUGUUAGAUGCCUCUCAAUCACAAGCCGUGAGUCCAGCCCUCCUUCUCCUCUGUUUACUGAAAAUAAGACUCGUCCAUUAUUGACAUCAUGGCCGAGACGAUAGUAACGUUUCAGUCCCAACUUUCUGGCGUCAUGGAAACUGUUUUCAAGGCUGCCAUGUAUGAAAUCACCCGGCUGGUGGAGGACAGUUUUAUGGAGGAGGUAACGCGGUGCAGGGAGCAGGUCGACUCCCUGAAGAGGCGACUGAAGUGGUCGGAGAGCCGACGCAGAGAAAGAGAUGGGGACAGGAGGGGGAGAUGUGUGGACUGCGGAGGAGUCGGGGUGUCCAGUGAGGAGAAACACAAAGCGAUACAAACAGGGAGAAGUCUGAAACAAGAGAGCGUGCUGCAAGAAGAUAUAAAUACCUCCCAGGACACUCAUGGAGAGACGCCUAUUCCUGAAGUGGAUGCCCACAGUGCCAUGAAGCCACCACAGUCCCCAGGUGUGCAAGGUGAAAAGCUAGAUAGACUACUCAAAGAGGAAGCCCUUCACAUCACACCAGAAACUAAUGAGUCCCAGGAGAGAUGGGGAGUCAGUUUGGAAGAAACAGAGGCAUCAGGUCUUCCGGGGCCCAGUAAACGUUUCAGUGACCAGAAGAUUCCAAAGUGCCACGUAAACUGGGAAGCUGACUUCAACCAGAGGCCAGAAUCAGGCCAAGAUGUCAACUCAGGUGACCCCUCAGAGCCUCUCUUCCAGAACAGGUACGGCAUGGAAGACUUGGGUGGCUUUGACAAGACCGGCUACGGAGAAGGCAGUAUGAUAGACAUGGAUAACUUGGAUGAGUUACAAGGCUCACCAUCCUGCCUUGGCGAAGAUCUGAGUUACAUGGGCCAUUACGAAGGGGAUGUAGAGGCACCUGAGGCAGCGGAGGCUCAAGCUUUCCAAACAGGUGCCCCAAGAAAUAGAAGAGGUACUGUAGGAUCGAGUGCAGGUUCGCCAUCAAGGACUAACAUUGAUGCAAGCGGAGAGUUCAGCUGUCUGUUGAUCAAUGAAGAAGGGUAUCUGCAGGACCCGAGCAACUUGUACCCUGCACAUGUGUCGGGGGAUUCAGGGGGCAGAUUGAGCUUCCGAGGCCAGGGGAUUCGAAUGGACCCAUCUUUAGACAACACCGGGGAUAUGUACGGGCCUUCAGAUAGUUACACUGAUACCUUAAACUUGGGAGAUAGGUUGCAGCAUCAGGCAGCAGGAAGAGGAGGAAGGAGACACACUUGUAACCAGUGUUCCAUGUCCUUCCCUGACUCUGCCUCCCUCAAGGCCCACAAGCAGACACACAAAGGCACCGGGCAAGGGCCUCUAUACUCCUGCAACCAGUGCGGAAAGACCUUCACUCAAGCCUGUAACCUCAAAGUCCACCAGAGAAUUCACUCCGGACAGGGACUCCACCUCUGCAGCCAUUGCGGUAAAGGUUUCCCUUCAUUCUCUGACCUGAAGGCUCACAAGUGUGGCCAGGCGGGCGACAAACCUUACUGCUGCACCGUGUGCGGGAACAAAUUCAGCCGUCUCUGGAAUCUGAAGUUGCAUCGGAGAAUUCACACACAGGAAAAACCUCACCGAUGCACCAUGUGCGAUAAGAGCUUCACACGGGCGGACAUAUUAAAGGUUCACCAGCGUACCCACACAGGGGAAAGACCAUACUGCUGCACUGUGUGCGGCCUCAGCUUCAAACGCCUGGAUCAUCUGAAAUCACAUCAACGCAAACAUAUGACGGAUCUAUAAAACUGUGGCAGUUUGGGGAACUGGGGAAAGUGCCAGGGACUUCAAGAUCAUUUUUUUGUUUUUUAUGAGGUUUAAAAAGCCACAGAUUUCUUUUCAUUAAAAUAUAGCAACACAAAGUCAUGUUUUCUGGCCAGAUCAGCUUCUUUUUCUAGACCUCAGUUCCAAACCCUCUUUUUUUCUGAGAACGUUUUGUUUGUAUAAAAAAGACAUGUUCAAGUUAUGAAUUUCUUGUGUUUGAUAAAAUAAGUCUUAUUUGUACCUGAUUUCAUUUCAUACUGAUUUAGUUACUGAGACAAUUACUCGGUCACAAAUUGAAAAAAGCCAAGUAACAUUAUCUUUGUAAU